AUGGUGUCUCUUAAAACCUUGUUUGAGGUGGAGGCCGUUGGCGACUCAGAGAUGGAGGAGCUAGCCAGCACUCUCUCUUAUGGAUCCCGUUCAUCCUCCCUGGACUCUCUGUCCAGUCUGGAUUCUGUUCCUGGAUCUCCAGGCAGUAGUCCUGUUCCUCGAGGAGCAUCACCGCUCCACACGCGCUUCCGUCUGUCUGCUAAGAAGGCUUUGCUCCUGUGGGUUCGGGACCAGUGCCAGAAAGUUGGUUGCUCAGCCAGUGUGAGGGACUUUAAGUCCAGCUGGAGGAGUGGUGAGGUGUUUCUGGCCAUUCUCUGCUCCCUUAGACCUGAUCUGGUGGACCUCUCUCAAGCGCAGACCAGCAGCCACUGGGAAAACCUGGAGAGGGCGUUUCACCUCGCUGAGAAGGAGCUCGGAAUUCCCAGACUGCUCGAGCCAGAAGGUAAAAGCUAUUAA